CUGGAAUAUGUGGGUGGAACUUGUCUCAAUCGUCGAUUCGGAUCUGGCACCGGCACCGACGCUUUCUUAUAUCUCGAUCCACCGUUUGUUAACGGCGUUGUCUCGCGUAACGGUUCACCAGAAUUAUUGUUGGUUGCUGGAGGAGGUGCCGCCGGACCACCGUUAUUAUUAUUAAGGGUGGUUAAUGAGUGUGUCGAUGAGUUAGGAAUACGAUUAUUGUGA